AUGGCCGGAGAUACUGCCAUAGAUUAUUAUGCGGCCCUAGGAAUCACCUCGGCAGCAACCCAACAGCAAAUCCGCGAUGCCUACAAGAAAGCAGCCCUGAAAACGCACCCAGACCGCGUCCCCGCCGACUCCCCCGAACGCGCCACGCGAACCCGCAAAUUCCAACUUAUAAAUGAAGCCUACUAUGUCCUCAGUGAUCCCGGCCGCCGCAGAGAAUACGACCAAGCCCGCAAACCCUAUGGCUUCGACUUCGGUACCGGCGCCUCAACCGCAUCCACAGCCUAUGAUUCCGACGAAGCUGAAGACAUCCCAGACCCUGGCCCCAACGCAUCUACAUCCGGUGGUUUCCCAUGGUCUAGCUUCGGAUUCGGCAAGAAUAGAGAAGAGGGGCAGAAAUUUGAGAAUGAGCAGUUUGGUGAUGUGUUUGAGGAGAUGUUGAGGGAGGAGGGUAUGGCGGAAGAUGGAGGAAGGCCCACUGGGUUGUUUUGGAGUGUUUUGGGCGGACUGAGUGGUGGUACUAUGGGCUUUAUUGUGGCUAAUUUCCCAGGCAUGUUGGCUGGUGCUGUGGCUGGGAAUAGGUUAGGGGCCAUUAGGGAUGCGAAAGGGAAGAGUGUAUACGAGGUGUUCCAGCAACUUGACCAGGGAGCAAAGAUGCAGUUGCUCAGCCGGCUUGCAGCAAAGGUCUUCAGUCAUGCUGUUAGCGGAUAA